GUCACACUGGGCCAGUUCAUUCUUACAUGAUUGAAAAUUGUUCACACAUUUGAUACCAGAAACGAGAAAAAUCGUGUGUGUUUUCGCCAUGGCUGUGUUUUAUAGGAUCGCUAUUCAAUCUUCCAUCUAUGGUUGUCGCUCGAUGUCUAUGUUUCCCCAACAUUACGGUGACCCUCUUAAAAAAAAAGAUAUGGAAGAUUUGAAUAAGAGUGAACUCACUAAGUUUUACCAUAUACCGAUAAAAGCAGCUCUAAACAAUCAUUCUGAUACUGUCUUUAGCGACGAAAUCAAACUAAAAAUGAUUAAUUAUAUAAUUGAUUUUGACUGCAGUAUAAGCUUGGAAAGAAAACAAGAACUAAUAAAUGACCUUAAGCUAUGCACCAAAAAUGGAUUAGAAGUCGCUCUGGAAGACCUAGCACUUACAUUCACGUAUUUACCAAGUUCUUCAAUAUAUGGAUAUACACAAGCCGAGCUGUUACCAAAUGGAUCAUCAAUAAAUGUCACCAUUAACAAUCUGGAGGCAUAUUGCGAACUGCUUCUUAACUUUAUUUUACAGGAUGGAAUUGCUAAGCAGAUGAAAGCUUUCAGUGAUGGAUUUAAUGAAGUUUUUCCGCUAAAAAAACUGACUGCGUUCUCCGCGGCUGAGGCUCGUUUAAUGAUUUGUGGUGAACAAUAUCCACAUUGGAAUCGAGAAGAUAUUAUUUCAUAUACUGAACCAAAACUUGGCUACUCCAAAGAUAGCCCUGGGUUCCUCCGUUUUGUAAACGUUCUAUUAGGCAUGUCAGGAAAUGAACGGAAAGCUUUUCUACAGUUCACAACUGGUUGCAGUAGUUUACCCCCAGGAGGACUUUCAAAUCUACAUCCUCGACUUACAGUUGUUCGAAAAGUAGAUGCAGGUGUUGGAAGCUAUCCCUCUGUAAAUACUUGUGUUCAUUAUUUAAAGCUUCCAGACUACCCAACCGAAAAAAUAAUGAAGGAGCGGCUGUUAACAGCAACAAAAGAAAAGGGGUUUCAUUUAAACUAAACAUUAAAGCUUUCUAUAUGCAAACAGUGUAAUCCAUAGUGUAAUGCUAUAAUUUUGCAUACUCUAUAAAAAUGUAUUUUAAAUUAAUUAUGAAUAAUUUAAUUAAAUCAAAUUUAAUACAGUUAGAGCUCAUUAUUAAAUCAUUAUUAAAUAUUGCGAUGUCCUUCAGCCCCUAUGUUGGUAAACCAACAAACGACCAA